AAUGUAGGCUACUAUGUGGAGCAAUUGAAAGAAAAGCGUCAUAGAGCGUCGACGGUUAUUGUGUCAUCAGUCUGCGUCAGAGUGCGAAGAUGGCGUCGGUGGAUUUAAGAGAUAAUUUGCUGGGCAUCUCGUGGGUGGACAGUGGAUGGGUGCCCAUCCUGAACCCCAGCAAUGUACUGGAGUAUUUCUCGGAGAGAAGCAACCCCUUCUAUGAUCGAACCUGCAACAACGAGGUGGUGAAAAUGCAGAGAUUAACCCUGGAUCACCUCAAUCAGAUGGUGGGUGUGGAAUAUAUUUUGCUUCACGCUCAAGAGCCGAUUCUGUACAUCAUCAGAAAACAGCAGAGACAGUCACCAACACAAGUGAUCCCUCUUGCUGACUACUAUAUCAUAGCUGGAGUGGUGUAUCAAGCACCUGACCUGGGAUCAGUCAUCAGUUCCAGAGUGCUCUCAGCGGUUCAUGGGAUUCAGUCUGCAUUUGAUGAGGCGAUGUCUUUCUGCAGGUACCACCCGUCCAAAGGGUACUGGUGGCACUUUAAAGACCACGAGGAGAGAGAAAGGGUAAAGCCUAAAUCUAAGCGGAAAGAGGAGCCGAGUUCUUUGUUCCAAAGGCAGAGAGUUGACACACUACUACUGGAUCUGCGCAAUAAAUUUCCCCCAACUUUCUAUCAGCCCAAACCAGGAGAGAAGCCUGUCCCAGUGGAGGUAAAGAAAGAACCAGAAGUGCCAGUUGAGACAGUGAAGCCUCCAGAAGAGCGAGAGACGAAACCUCCAGCCCCUCCUGGCCCUGCUCGUCCACCCCCACAAACUACACCCAACAAACCACCACCUGAGAAACGUGCACGCCUGCAGUGACACACGUGCUGGUCAGCCACUUUAAUGUUGCAGGACUUAUGUGGACAUUUCUCUGCACCAGCAAAACAAGGGUGGACUGUUACGGUUAUUGUAUAUAAAUGCAUUUACUUCAUAAUUUAAUAGUUUUUGUAAUAAGGGAACUGAAAUGUGUGUAUUUCAUCUCAAUGUCAUUUUCUAUAUUUCAGUGUUGCUGAGUUGUAGUAUUAUGCCAUUCUGUCACUCACAGUAAAAAUGCACAGUUUUCCAAAACUUGUACAGUCUUUUUCCAAUUAAAAAUGUUUAUGUACACUACCAGUCAAAAGUUUUUGAAUGGUAAGAUAUUUAAUGUUUUUUCAGGUUGUCCACGGGUCCUUAAAAUGUCUCUAUUUUUGGUCACAUUACUGCUAAAAUAUCUUCAGUUUGAUAGACCUAAUGACUGUUUACAAUCAUUGGACAGACCGAAAUUUGGCAUGAAAGGUGAUGCAUACAAUUAAAAAAGAAAAAAGAGGGCUUUAUAAAGGUAAAUAAAAAGAUGCAGAUUUAUGUAUAUAAAAACUGAUAGAACUGUUGGGUUUCUUUUCUGCUCAAGUAACAUUUUUUAUUAUUAUUAUCAAUACUUAAAACAGUUGAGUACAUUAUUUUCAGGAUUCUUUGGUGCAUAGAAUGAUAGAAAAUAAUCAUUUUAUUUAGCAAGGAUGCUUUAUAUUUAUUCAAAGUGAUGAUAAAGACAUUUAUAAUGUUACCAACUAGUUCUAUUUCAGAUAAAAGCUGUUCUUCUGAAAUUUCUAUUCAUCAAAGAACCUGAAAAAAAUCAACUUAGCUGUUUUCAAAAUAAUAAUGUUUUUUGAGCAGCAAAUCAGAAUAUUAGAAUGAUUUCUGAAGGAUCAAGUGACUGGAGUAAUGAUGCUAAAAUCACAGGAAUAAAAUACAUUUUAAAAUUA